AAAUGUCUACAUAGCACCAGGAUCGAACUAGAAUAGUACGUGAUACAAUGUGUCUCUUGUUGGCCAGAAUGACCUUUCGCCUGGCAGUGGGUGUAAUCCUUUCAGCACUCCUCGGCGUCUCGUCAUCCUGCUGCACAAUUGUAAUCGCAAUUCUCUCUUCUGUAUAACAUGGCGUACGAAUACACUAAUAUCACAGCUACUACGACCCUGUUUUGUUUGUCUGUCGCAAUCCUGACAGCUUAUACCUGUCGUCGUAGAAAACCGUUACCGCCAGGACCACCGCGUUCCUUCUUUACCGGGCAUCUAAGAGAAAUUCCUCGUGCUUACCCAUGGAAGACGUACCAGCAGUGGUCGCAGAAAUGGGGAAAUGUGAUCUUUCUCCGUCUUUUCGGCAGGGAUAUCGUCGUUUUCAAUGGCGCACAGAUAGCAGAGGACUUACUCGAAAAGCGUUCCAAGAUAUACGCCGAUCGCCCUACGUGGGCAAUGGCAGACCUAAUCGGCCGUCAGGACAAUGUGGGAUUCACAUACUACAGCGAAAAGCUCAGGAUGGCAAGGAGGCUGCUGCACUCGGGGUUGGGACUGCAAAAUAAAGCCGUCUGGGGCACUAUGUUGGAGGAGCAGACUCUAACGCUGCUAAAGCAACUUACGGAAUCGAGCCAGGACUGGGAGCAUCUGUUGAAAAGGCACGUAGCUUCCGUAUUCGUCCGGUUCACGUAUGGGUCAGAUGCAACUGAAGAGUAUGUACACUUGGCCGAAGAGAUCGCCCAGCACACAGGGUUGGCGUUGCAACCAGGAUGGGCUGUGGACUCAUUUCCCUUCCUGACUAUACUUCCUUCAUGGCUCCCUGGGAUGGGCUUCAAGCGCUGGGCAAAGAUGGCUAGAGAAAAGUUCUACCAAUGCACACGGGUACCAUAUCUGUUAACUCGAUCUGCAGUUCUGAACGACACAGCUUCUCCUUCAUAUGUCGCAGACAACCUGAAGGCGAUCUUUGAUGGUUCUAAUCCGGCCGACGAAAACAUUCUCAUGGCUUCUGCGGGCAGUAUCUAUGGUGCUGGGACUGAUACCACGGCAGCAUUUCUAUUUUCCUUCUUCCUGCUGAUGACAGUGCACCAGGAUGUCCAGAAGAGAGCUCAGGAUGAGAUCAUGUCCCUUUUGGGCUCAUCGCGACUGCCAACGCUCGAAGACCAGCAUCGCCUUCCCUACAUCGAGGCUCUCAUCAGGGAGAUUCACAGAUAUAACCCUGUUGUUAAUCUCGUUUCUCAUAGUCCACUUGUUGAUGAUGAGUAUGAAGAUUACCGCAUUCCUCGAAAAGCAUGGGUACUGUGUAAUGUUUGGUCUAUGACGCACGAUGCAACCUUAUAUUCGGACGUUGAUAUGUUUUAUCCUGAGCGCCAUCUUGACUUCACUGCCACUGAUCCGAGGCGUUUCACAUUCGGUUUUGGAAGAAGGGCCUGUCCAGGUGUCCAUUUUGCCAAUGCUCAUACGUUUCUUGUCAUUUCUCGUGUCUUGGCUCUUUUUCGGAUUUUGCCUCCUAUCGGCCCGGAUGGCACGGAACAGGUUCCGACAGUGGGUUUCACUAGUUCGUUCGCAUCUCAACCGCUGCCUUUCACUUGCCGAUUGCAGGUCCGCGACCAAGAGCUGAAGGAUGUCCUAAGAAUGAAUGAUGAACUUGCGUACUUUGGCAACGAGCACUUUGGCACAACUACGUAGCAUAAUCCGAUGACACUGCUUCGAACUGCCGUCUUCCAUGUUUGAGCAUGUCUGAGUCGUAUUCAUUGCUUGCCGUGUGAAGUCUGUUAGUGUCAGUGAUCUGAUGUGCCACGAUCCAUGCGGUGCAAGCGCCGAGCCAUCAAUGCAUGCGAGGCACUAGAACUGAUGUGGCUCAACAAGUGCGG